GGCUGUCACUGUCACAUCACUCUGAAUCAGAAAAAAUACGUGGAAAGCGUUUCUUUUUUGUCCGUUAAAAUAUAAAUAUUGACUUUUUUCAUUAGUUUUAAGAUAAAAAUGUUUUCCACGAGUUCCCAAAGGAAAUUUUGGACGUUCAACGACGAGAACGAGCUAGCACAAUUGCGGGAGAAGCACAAUUUGGAGUUCAUUGCAAAGCACGGAGCGCAUGUAGACGAAUACCAGCGGUACAACGUGUUCCUGUCUCCAGAUGAAGAAAGACUGCUUCUUAGGCAGUACGAGUUGCACCUUAAAGAGUUCUGCAAAAGAUUCAGCCCGCCAAUGCCCAAAGGCGUUGUCGGCACUGCGUUCCACUACUUCAAACGUUUCUAUCUGUAUAAUUCCGCGAUGGACUACCACCCUAAGGAAAUCCUGGCCACUUGUGUGUAUUUAUCGUGCAAAGUUGAAGAAUUCAAUGUAUCUAUUGGACAAUUCGUGGCUAAUAUUAAAGGAGACAGGGAUAAAGCAUCAGACAUAAUCUUAAACAACGAACUGUUAUUGAUGCAGCAGUUAAACUAUCAUUUAACCAUACACAAUCCGUUCAGACCAGUGGAAGGCUUUUUGAUUGACAUUAAAACAAGGUGCAGCCUUGCUAAUCCCGAGCGCCUUCGGAGUGGUAUUGAUGAGUUCUUAGAAAAAGUGUUUUUGACUGACGCUUGUCUAUUAUAUGCACCAUCUCAGAUAGCAUUAGCAGCUGUACUCCAUGCAGCUUCUAAGGAGCAAGAAAACUUGGACAGUUAUGUUACAGACAUGCUUUUCAGAGAUGCUGGUCCAGAUAAGUUGGCUAUCUUGAUUGAGGCAGUGCGUAAAAUUAGAUCUAUGGUUAAAAUGGUGGAGAGUCCAGCACGGGAGCGCGUACGAGUCAUUGACAAGAAGCUGGACAGGUGUCGGAAUGAAGAGAACAAUCCAGACAGUGAAAUAUACAAGAGACGGAUGCGGGAGGCACUGGAUGAAGAUGACUUGGUGUACACGGGACACACGAGGAUGUCGCUAGAUACAAGUGGGGUGACACAAGUGCUUUCACCCUCCGCUUCUUAAGAUUAUAGACUUAUUUUAUUUAGGUAUGCUGUUGUAUAAUGCAGAACUGAAAUCUUUAAGUCUUAAGAAAAAUCUAAGUUAUAAAUGACGGCAGGUUUAUUUGUCAUGCAUGUCGGCUUUGUAAUAUUCAACAGCAUAGAAAUAUAUUCAUUCAUGAUGGUCAGUCUAAUUCCUAAGCGUAAUUAUUUGUAUUGUCCUCAUAUAAACAUAGGUUGAAGUGAGGUGAAGCUACAUGAAUGACUAUAUUUAUUAGAGUUAGAUAUAAAUAGAAUUGACUUAUUCUUUUAUAUUUUAUUUUAGGUAUGUAACAUGACAAGAAAAUGGUUUUAUCAAUAAAACACUUAAAACCAA